AUUUCCUUAAUAUUAUUAAGUUAAGUGAAAGAUCCUGAACAUGUGACGUUCCCGUUUAUUUGUUUUUAAUGAGUUUCUUCCGGUAUUCUGGUCAUAAUGUACUUAUUUUCCGCCUCGCAUAUAGACAAGGUAGAAUAACAAUUGUCUGUUUUAACUAUAAUGUUCUAGAAGUAUCGAUCUGGUUGAAUUCUAAACCCAAUUGUGUCUUGUAAUGGAUCGGAAUAGAAAAUGGACAACAAUCAAUAAUACACAAACUUUAAAAUCGAUCAUUAUUGAAGGACAAGACACUGACACGGUUACUUCUGAAACAGAGGUUGGCGUUACGGAAGUCAAUGGUACAGUGAUCAAAGGACAGCAUGUCAUAGAGUCGGCAAUAAUGGAAGGAUGUCACGCGGUUACUUCUGCCACAGAGGUAGGUGCGACGGAAGUCAAUGAUACAGCUAUCAAAGGACAGCAGGUCAUAGAGUCAGUCACAAUGGAAGGAAGUGACGCUGUUACUUCUGCCGCAGAGGCUGGUUUGACGGAAGUCAAUGCUACAGUGAUCAAAGGACAGCGGGUCGUAGAGUCAACCACAAUGGAAGGUCGUCACGAUAUUAAUUCUGCCACAGAGGCAGGUGUAAAGGAGGUCAUAGCUACAACGAUCAAAGGUAAAGAUGUCAUAGAGUUGGCCACAAUAGAAGGAAGCGAUGCGGUUACUUCUGCCACAGAGACAGGUGUGACGGAAGUCAAUGCUACAGUAAUCAAAGGACAGCAGAUCAUAAAGGCGGCCAUUCUGGAAGGGCGUGACGUUAUUACAGGCAUCAAGACUCAAAAGGAGGACGAGUAUUUUGAUCUUCAAUGCAACGAUCUUCUCAGCCGAUUGAUCGACCAUUACCGUGACAGUGUUAUUUGCGUACCCCUGUCCACAUUGAAUCCCAGUCUCGAUAUACGAGUACAAGUCAUCUAUGCCAAUCCAAAAAUACACAGGAUGAAAAUUGAAAAAGAUGGUAAACACGUGAAACAAGAACAAAUAUACAAAUAUAUAGAUUGCUUCUGCGGAGGUUUUAGACGUUUAUAUUUACAAGGCGAGCCUGGCAGCGGAAAAUCGUUUUUUGCUGCCAAAUUAGUUCACGAUUGGUGUAAUGUUUAUGCGCCGAUCGUGAAAUCUACAAAAGAACAAAUCAUGUUUGGUGACGUUGAUACCUUUCAGAAAUUCAGGUUUCUGUUUUUCAUCUCGUUGCGCGAUUCGAGGGAACAAACACGUGUAUCGCAGAUGAUAAAAACUCAGCUCAUCUACAAAAUCUAUGCGGAAGACGAAUGGGAGAGUGCGUACAAACUGGUCUUAAAAAUAAUGAAAAAUAUAAUGUUUCUCAUCAUUCAAGACGGCUUGGAUGAGUGGCCAUCCAAAGAAGCUCUGCCUUCCAUGGACGGAAUUCCUAGGAACCAGUGCAUCGUACUCACAACUUCUCGACCAUGGAAACUCGCUGAUGAACGUAUCCGAAAUUCACAAAUUGAUAUUCUGUUUCAUCUAGAGGGUAUAAGCGAUCCUGAAGAAUUCAAUGAAAAGAUACUAAGAUGCCUUCUUGACGAAUCAAAUGAUAUAAAGAAAAGCGUGAAGCUGUUUAAAAAAUUCCUUAGUGGUCGCGACCUUGUGUCAAUAUCAUCUUCGCCUAUGCUGAACACACUUGUCGUCUGUACUUGGGUAGAUGGUAGAGCUAAGCGUCUUACCGGAUCGUCACUGUGCGAAUUAUACACUACCCAGCUUGAUGAUGAUUAUAUGGCUGAGCGUCUCACCGGAUCGUCACUGUGUGAACUGUACACUACCCUGCUUGAAAAUCUGUGUAAAAAAGCUAAUCCACAAAUAAGUUAUUUCGAUCGAAAUGACUCACCAGUAAACUGCUUUUCUCGCACGAUGUAUGUUAAACCAAACAUGGAACAUAUAGAUUCAAUUGCCGAAGCUGCGUUCUCGUUUUUGUUUUCAAAUGAACAGGAAUCAUCACUAGUGUUUAGUGAAAUACACUUGAUGGCUUAUUUGUCUGAAACUGCAAAGCAGUUCGCUCUCGAUUCCGGAUUAUUAUCAAAAAGAAAAGGUAAAACAUGUACUGAUCAGACAUUGUCGUUUAUCCAUAAAACCAUCCAGGAAUUUCUGACUGCUUUUCAUAUACAUAUGAAUAUAGACGUAAUUGAUGACGUCAUUUCCGGAUAUCUCAUACGCAAUGACAAAUCAUAUCGUGAUAUAUCUCAAAUGUUUAUAUUCCUGUGUGGCUUUAACAUCUCGGCAGCGAAUAAACUAUCUACACUGAUAAAUGAGCUUGACGUGUUAAGCGAAUAUGACCAUUAUUUCCAAAAAUGUAUCCUCACUGGUUAUAAGGAGGCUGUAGCCAACAAAAACACUCCAAUACACCUACAACUGAGUCACUUUUACUUCGACAGUGGUAAUGCCAAAGAUUUGAUGCAGAUCUGGACACUGAACACUUUACGUGCUCAAUCUUUAAAGGUUGACUGUUGGGAGCCAAACAUAAAUGUAACAAUUCGUUCGCAAGACGCGUCGUCUGCAGAUUGUCAUGGACCUGGGCCUGUUGCCUUCCCUGCACGUAAGGAUCCUGGGCCAUCUACACUAGACGAUGAGGACUGGGUCAGGUCGUCUAUAUCUUUUAUCGAGUUCGACUUGUCAUUGUGUCAUAACGUCGAACGGCUGGAGCUCAUCGGUCAUGAUGAUAUAACGGUGCAACCACAUGCGCUGGUGGGUCUGAAAAAGUUGAAAUAUCUAAAUAUUACAUAUCGUUGUAAAUGUGAAGCGCUUGAUUUGUCACAUUUUGAACACAUAGAAUCAAUUGAUCUGCACAAAAGAGUAACUUUGUUACCACUAUCUAUUAAUAAUUAUAAAACUAUUCAAUGUAUCACACUUCGUACAGCAUAUGACGGACUUGAUUUGUCACUUUUAGAAAAUUUAAAGUCGAUAGAAAUCAGCAAAAAUGUGAAAGUUUUACCGAAACCGCUUCUCAUACAUAACAAAAUUACUGAGAUUGGCUUUCGUGAUUUUGAUUUCAACAGUUUAAACAAUGAGGCCAUUUAUACAUGGUGUCUACUUAACGGUGCUGAUCCAGUACAAUGUGCAGGCUAUACUCCAGUACGGCCCUCCAUAGAACGCAUUAGAUUUGAUAACAUCGCAUGUUCCUCCACCUGGCUACGCAGUCUGUUAAGCACGCUGUUGACUCUCGAUCAUAGGUUGAUGUGCAUACUGUCGGGCUGUAACAUAACCUCAUUCGAUCCAGACGUGAAGACCAGUAUGCAGGGCAGUGACAUGCCAUCGUGUGUGGAGGAUGCAGCCAGCGAGUCGCGUAUAGAUGCAUACAUAACAACGGAUUUAAACAAUACAUGUACAUUAGAUGUUUUGAGCGACUGUCUUGGCCUAUGGGAGAUCCUGCACGGUCAGAAUGUUAAGCAUCUCAGACUGCAGGGUAGGUUCAUAGGUUUGAAGGUGUAUCGUGUACCUUCACUGUCACGGUUACUAGCAUCCCUCUCACAGCUGGAAACGCUCACAAAGCAUUUAUCUGUAUAUAUCGACCUACAGCUUCCUCCGACAUUGAAGCAUUUUACUGUCUGUUAUAGCAUGUUGUCCCCUUAAAAACAUCGCCACCUUAUGAACAAACUGUCAGGGUGUACUCAAUCAAUUCUGUGUAUAUUGGAAUUCGGUUGUGGUAAUAGAAAUAAAAAAACAAAAUAUAUGGUAAAUAACAUUCCACCAGAGGAAUACAUCUCCAUCCUAAAGGAACUCAAGGCUCUGGAGUAUUUUGAAGUGAAACGAUUUCGAAUAUAUGACCGGAAACCUAACAUCUAUAAAAGGUCUGAUGCUGCCUGGUGUGUCCGUAACACUGUUGUUGAUGAUGGUGAAUACAGUGAUGAUAUCUGUGAAGAUAAGUUUUGCAAAAGUUUUAUAAAAUGUAUUCAUGAUGACAUCCUCAAUCGCAUAUCAAUGCGACUUCAGAUAAACUGUGUAAAAGAACAAGCCUUGAUAAAGUGAAGUAAUACAUGAUACAUGGAAUUGAUAUUACAAGAUCAUCUUACAUUUCCGGAAUAUUUUGGAAUAUUGUGUAAAUAAUUACAUUCAUAUAAUUAAACAAAUGGUUUGUGCAGUAUAUUGGCUCGUAUACCAAUGCCACUUCCGGUCAACUGCGUUUAAAAGAUACAGAUCCAUGAACAUAUUAAGUAAUACAUUCCACUAAAUAAAACCAAUUUGAUACAAAUAUGUAUGGUGUACAUUUCACGCAAAGUAUAAUAUACUGCAAAAUACAUUACAUGCAUACUUGACUGAAUACGAGUAUAUAAUGUGUAUUUAAAGGGGCCUUUUCACAGAUUUGGGCAUUUUUUAACUUAUUCAUUAAAUGCUUUAUAUCGAUAAAUGUAAACAUUGGAUCGUAAAAGCUCCAGUAAAAAAUCAAGAAUAAAAUAAAAAAAAGGAAAAGAACAUUGCGCGGACCAGGUUUCGAACCAGUGACCCCUGGAGUCCUGCCAGAAUCCUGAAGUAAAAACGCUUUAGCCUACUGAGCUAUUCCGCCGUGUACACAUGUUGAACGUAUUUUAUACCUUAUAUAAGCAAUCUUCGUAGUUUCACAAAAUUUAACGACAAAAACAGAACUCUCCAAAUUAUUCAAUCGUUUCGCGUUGCAACGCUUUACAAUUUUUAGGUUUUAAAAUCGUCAAAAGAUGCAUAUAAUGGCUCUAUUAGACCAUGGUAAAUUUUCAUUAUUACUGUUUCCUCACAAAUAUCAUAACUAAAACGAAAAUUUGCGAAUCUGAAACAACUUUUUUCAAUUUUGUCAAUUUACCAAAGCGUGAAAAGAUCCCUUUAAAUCGUGUGAAGAGGUAAAUAGUGUACAGUUGUAUUGUGUUAAUGCAGUUCUUAUGAUUAUGAUAAUCUGAUACAAAUGUUAUGAUUUCAGCUUAGUUAAAAGUUAUUGUUGCUGACGAGGAUGGCUAUGCGCAAAAGGAUGAUUUUGAUUAAUUUGAUAAGUUUGAGCGAAUGAUAUGACUUUUGUGCAAAUGCUAUGACAUAAAAACGAAUACAACGACAACGACGGUGCUACUGAAGAUGAUAAAGAUGAUAAUUAAGAUGAUGAUGAAAUGCGUGUUAUUUGUGUUUAUAUUAGAUUUUAUAGUUGAUAGUAUAGUUUUAUAAUGUCUAGUACAUUUUAUUUUUUGGAGGUAUUUCACUCAAAUAAAGUAUAAUAUCAAAUAAAUAACAAUAGUUUAUUCGGUAAUUAAACUGUUGAUCGAUUUACUACGUACCUUUAAAAAACUCCCUUUAUAAAAGAAGGUGUUUUAGAUUGUGGUAAUGUCUGUUUUAUUAAAUUGAUGAAGGUUAUCAUUCAUACAAUGUAUUUUAAUCCAGCUCAUAUUUAAAUUAAUUAAUCAUAAUUUAAAAGAUUCAUUUUUGACAUCCAUCAUUUCAUGCUGGCGAUUGGGAUUUUGUAUCUAACCGCCAUUUGCAUGGUACAGCCUUUACAUGGGAUAUUGUGUUUAUUGAUAUAUUGUCAUAGGCGAUUGUUAAAUUAAAAAUUCUUGUAGUUGAUGCUGCAAUGUUGAUAUUUUAUCUGUUCUAAUAUAGAGCAUGAAUUUUAAAGCUUAAAGUUAACCGAAUCCUUGCACUAUUUAAUUGUUCAGUGGAGUAAUGAUUUAGAAAUUUCUGACCCCUCAAUUAUUGAAGAUAUAAUAAAAUGAUGUUCAACAAUUAUAAAGGACUUAUAAUACAUAAAUAACUAUGAUUAUUAAAGCUUCCUUGAUAUAAUUGUAUUAUUUAUUAUUAAUAUUAUUAGUAUCGUCCAGGCUUGUUGCUUAAUCGAAGUACAGCUCGGUAACUUUCAGCAUUUUCUUUUGUAUUGUUAUUAGAUUGGUUGUCAAUAUUCCAGCAUCCAAGUGAGACUGACUCACAACAUACUUACCACAAAUAGUUUGUCAAAGGAAAUGAAAAUAAGUGACUCAGACAAAUGUACUUUCUGUAAAACAGAAAUAGAAAGUCUUGUUUAUUUAUUUUGGACUGGCAUUGUCAUACAAAUGUUUUUACAUCACAUAAAAUCUGCUAUUAAAAAAAUUGAUAACAAUUUCAGUUUUGAGUAUAAACAUUUACAAUGGGAUCAGUUGGUAAAACAUCUGGAAAGUAUAUAUAAGUAUGAACUCGUCAAACUUUAAAACAGCAUAUUUGCCCAAUAUGGACCGCCAAUCUAGGACAGUCAAUGGUUAAAAUAUAUAAUAACUGUUUAUUUGCACAUUUUCGAUUAUAUCUAUUUUGAAAUAUUUAACAAAUGUAACUAGCCCUAUUAACGAGAUGAAGAACAUAGUACAUUAUUUCAUUGAUAAUUGUUGUUUUCAAACGACCUGAGUGUCGAUGAUGGGAAACGAU